AUGUCCGCCGUUCGCGCUGCCGCCAAGCAAAUCGACUGGUCCAAGUUGACCGUGAGCCUUCCCAAGGAAACCGCCGCUUCCUUGUUGGCUUUCCGUAAACGCAACGACGAAGUCAAGCGUCUCCUCCACGAAUUGAAGGAACAGCCCACCACUGUCGACUUUAGCCACUACCGCAAGGUCUUGAAGAACCAGGACAUCGUCGACCAAGCCGAAAAGUCGGUCAAGGGUUUCAAGCCUGUCGCAUACAACCUCGAUGCUCAGCUCAAGGCUAUCGACCAAUUCGAAGCCAAGGCCGUCGAGAAGGCAAAGAACACUGUGCAGCAGAUUGAUGCCGAAUUGAAGGAUCUUCAGGCCACUCUCAGCAACAUUGAAGGUUCCAGACCCAUUGAACAGCUCACUGUUGAUGAUAUCCUCGUUGCCAAGCCCGAGAUCACUAAGAACAUCGAAGACAUGCUCCAAAAGGGCAAGUUCACCAUCCCUGGUUACAAGGAGAAAUUCGGCGACAUCUCGUACUUCUAA